AUGUCCGAAUUUCAACAAUCAAACAAUCAAAUGAAAAUCAAACAAUCAAAUGAAGUUGAUGUGACUUUGAUGGAAAAAAUAGUUUUGUUUCUCGCGGAAGAGUUUAAUAUUCGCUUAAGGUGGAACAAAAUAGACGCUGCAGUAUUUACAACAGUAUUUGGCCUAAUCGGAGCUGGAAUUGGUGGAUAUAACAGUGGUAAACUAGGAGCUGUUAUCGGAGCAGCAGCUGGUGGUGUUACAGGAUUGGCAGUAUCCACUCUAGUUUCGCUUCGAGAAGUUUGGGAGUCGGUCAAAUAUUACUUAAAGGAGAUAUACUACAUCAUUUUCAACUUUCUCCGGAGGCUCGAUCCAGUGGAUUAUGUAAAGGCUCUUUGUAUUUUUUGGAAUGCUAAGAGCAUUCGAGAAGCGUUAACAAAGGACUUAGUAGAUUUCAUUGCAGAUAAGUUAGCCUGUAAGGUGUAUUCCAAUAUGCUUACUGCUUAA